AUGGCAAAAGUAAUAGUACAAAUCAUCGUUUUAGGAACGCAGAUCGUAGGCAAAGCCUUUGUCGAAGCAUAUAAACAAGCCGUAGCAAACGCGGCGGCCGGAGGUAGUGCCACGUCACGAAUGGGAAAAGAUACAUUGUCAAGACGAACAGGAAUGUCAUUAGAAGAAGCAUAUCAAAUAUUAAAUCUAAAAAGGGAUGUCACAAAUCUUUCAAAGAAUUAUGAGCAUUUAUUUAGAGUAAAUGAUUCAUCCUCUGGUGGAUCAUUUUAUUUACAAUCAAAAGUUGUAAGAGCCAAGGAAAGGAUUGAUAUGGAAUUGGCGGAGGCCAAGAAGGAGAACAAAAAUCCACAAGAUAUCAAUGAACAAUCAUCAUCACAAUCAGCUUCUACAGGUUUCCCCGAUUCUUUUCCUAUUUCAUCGGAAAGGUUAAACUUUUUAAAUCGGUUUAAAACCGAAAGGUUAGGCAACAUGCGUCCUUUCAAUGAGUUUUUUGAUAAAGAGAGGAUUUCUAAACCAAAAGGCAUGGGAGGAUUAAAUUUCAUUCGUAAAUUAGAGGAACCAUUUGUUUUUCAACAGUAUGUUUUAACUCAAAAACAAUUGUAUACUGGACUUAUUGUAAUUUCUAUUCCUCUUUUAUGGAUAUCUUCUGCUGGUUCAACUAUAUUUUGGAUAGUUGGAGCUUCUGCAACGAUGGUCUUGGGUCAUGCUUCAUUUCUUGAACCAGGUGUCGAUAACGACGGAAGUUCAAAAGUAUUAUUGGAUUUUCGGAGGAAAUUAAUAAAAAGAAGCUUUACCAGUACAAAUAUUGUUAGAGCGGCUCAAGAAGAAAGUGUUAUUUCGACAGAAAUAGGUAAAUCUGUACAGCCAACAAGAAAACCUAUCGGCGGGUUCCGUGGAGGUCUAAUUGGAUUUUUAGUGGGGUUAACGAUUGCAGGAGGAGCAGGAUAUUAUUAUCUUUUAGAUGAAUAUCAUGCGGCAUCCAAUAUUUUAUUAAGUUCUGUUGAAGAACUUCAAAAAUCUACAAACAAGGUUCGUGAUUAUACUCAAAAAAUUGAUAGAAUUGAAUCGGAAUUGAAAGCCCUUCAAAAUAAUGCCGCUACAACUGAUCAAAUUAAGGAAUUAAGGGGGGAAAAUCGAAAAUUAUAUGAUGUGCUUAAUUUACAACACCUUGAAUUAAAGGGUUACGUAUAUGGUAUAGGAAAUAACUUUCUGAGAAAGUUAAGUCCAUUUAUACCAAGUCGGCUUCAUUUUCCAAAGGGGCCAAUAAAUGAGGAAAGCCUCGUUAUAUUUGUGUCCGAUUUCUUUAAUAUUCACGGUAGCAUUCGAGCUCUUAAUCGUCCAAUAAGGGUUUCAUCAGAUACAUUUCAUCCUAGUCCUGUUGCAAACAGAGUGGGAAGAAGAAGAAAAAUUGCCCCUGACCUCGCAAUAUCUCCAACUGUUUUGUAUGUCCCAAAACCUGCUGUUUCUCAUCCGGGACCUCCUCCAAGCGAUUCAAAUGGUAACUCGCAUGCCAGGAUAGUAGUAGAACUAGCUAAUUAUCAAUACACCAGUUCCUGGAUAGCAAAGUGUCAAUUGUGGAUGCAAGAUGUUUAUGUCCGCUAUGUUUUUGGCAUCAAGCUCCAUAAACCAAAGGAUGUAAGAGACAACCAAGGUCGAAAGUACAGAGCAAUGACAGCUAGGCUUUGGACUCAAGGAGCAGGAUUUCAGGAAUGGGAUUUUGGGUCUAUUCCAAAAAGUGCCCAUAUCAUUCCAAAUCAACCUAUCCCCACUAAUGGAUGUACUGGUCCAGGUCUCGCAGGGUUUAUAAUCAAUAUUCCAGUUAUUGAAGUUUUCUUCAAUCCGCCAACCAAUGCACCUCUUUCUGGAUAA